AUGAGGAACGAAACUGGUGGUACCAUGGUCGUUGAUCUUCAAGUCCAAACCGAUCCAUAUAACAAUAAUCACCAUCGUCACAAUCUUAGCCACGACCGUAGCGAUAAUGGUCACAAACCUAGGCCUAAAUUUGGUGAUCUCUUGAAAGCUGACCACGACGGUAUAUUCCCUCCCGACGAUCCCAUCAUUGUCAACACCAACUUAACUCACCACCGGUUUAGUAGCGUCUCGGCCUCCACCAUGAGUAGUAGCGGUCUGGCCAGCGGAGAAGGUUCUCCUUGCGUAAUGUCGCCUUGGGCCCGAGUUUCGCCUCCUUGGGCUGCUGAUUUCAAUGAAGACAAUGUCCUUGAGACCAACGGUCUCAUUGGAUCUAUUGUACGUGAAGAAGGGCAUAUAUACUCGUUAGCCGCUUCUGGUGACCUUCUCUACACGGGCUCGGAUUCGAAGAACAUUAGGGUUUGGAAGAAUUUGAAGGACUAUGCCGGGUUUAAAUCUAGUAGUGGGCUUAUCAAAGCCAUUGUGAUAUUCGGAGACCGGAUCUUUACUGGCCAUCAAGACGGAAAGAUUCGGGUAUGGAAGGUUUCGAAGAGAAAGCCCGGAAAACACAAGCGGAUUGGUACAUUGCCUACGUUUAAAUCUAUGGUCAAGAGCUCUGUAAACCCUAAGCAUUUCAUGGAGGCACGCCGCAACAAAAACUCCGUAAAGACGAAGCAUAGCGACGCGGUAUCAAGUCUUAGCCUGGACGUGGAGCUUGGAUUGUUGUAUUCGAGUUCUUGGGACAGGACGAUCAAAGUGUGGAGAAUCGCGGACUCAAAAUGUUUGGAAUCGAUACACGCACACGAUGACGCGAUAAACUCGGUAAUGUCCGGUUUCGAUGACUUGGUGUUCACGGGAUCCGCGGAUGGCACGGUUAAGGUAUGGAAACGUGAGUUGCAAGGCAAAGGAACAAAACAUGUGUUGGUUCAAGUUUUGCUCAAGCAAGAAAAUGCCGUCACGGCUUUAGCCGUAAAAUCGAAAACUUCCAUCGUAUAUUGCGGUUCCUCGGACGGGCUAGUGAACUAUUGGCAGCGUUCAAAGCGUAUUUUCAUCGGCGGAAUACUCAAAGGGCACAAAUCCGCGGUGUUAUGUCUCGCUAUAGCGGGGAACUUGUUGUUAAGUGGUUCCGCCGACAAGAACAUAUGUGUUUGGAGACGGGACCCGUCAGACGGAUCCCAUCAGUGUUUGUCUGUUUUGACGGGCCAUAUGGGACCCGUCAAAUGUCUAGCGGUGGAGGAAGAAAGGGCUUGCCGUAGAGGAACAAAAUCCUCUACGGUGGUCGAGGGAGACCGGAAGUUUAUAAUAUACAGCGGAAGUUUGGACAAGUCGGUGAAAGUGUGGCGCGUGUCGGAGAAGAUGGCCACGUGGAGGGAGAUGGGCGAGCCAGCAGCAUCUUCCGAGCGGAAGAGCUCGUCGUCUCCGCACGAAGGGAGCGGCGCGUGGAGCUCACGCGAUUUGGAAAAAUGA